AGCCAGAAACAAACAUGAGAGCCACUUUGCAGAACAGUAAUAUAAACUUAUUCUUCCAUUUCUCACUCUUGUAUGUUUGGGACCUCUUCUCCUCUAAAAAAUUAUCAUCAUUACAAGUUAAUAACGACCAAUUCUUUCCCUUGGUACUGGAAAAUUAACGAGGUGUUUGUUCACUUUUAAUUUUCAUUCCACAUUUUUGUACGUGUGACUGAUCGGUUAAAGUAGCAACAUGAACAACGGACACCUACCAAUGAACGGCAGCAGCAGCUUCAACAAUGAUGUCUCUGAUCAGUUGUGGGAUGAUGAUCAUAAUGAUGCAGACCCUAUAGAUACUGCUGGCUCUAGUCAAGUUGAAAGCACAGGCUUCACAUUUUGUGAAGCUAAUCACGUACGUGCAAGCACAAACAAAGUUAUCUGUUGCCAUCUCUCAUCUGAUGGGAAAUUACUUGCAAGUGGUGGCCUUGACAAAAAGGCUGUUUUAUGGUACACGGAUUCUCUAACACAAAAAGCUACUCUUGAAGACCAUUCAAGUUUGAUCACCGAUGUCCGUUUCAGUCCAAGCACGACACGUCUUGCAACAUCUUCAUUUGACAAAACUAUGAGGAUUUGGGAUGUUGAGAAUCCUUUUUAUUCGCAUCGCAUCUUUACGGGACAUUCUACAGCUAUUAUGUCGAUAGAUUUUCAUUCAAAUAUUGAUGACCUUGUCUGCUCUUGUGAUGGUGAUGGUGAGAUACGGUACUGGAGCAUAAACAAUGGCAGUUGUGGAAGAGUCUUCACGGGUGGCACCACCCAAGUAAGAUUUCAGCCUCGUCUUGGGAGGUACCUUGCUGCAGCAGCAGAGAACACUGUGUGUAUAUUUGAUGUGGAGACACAAGCACGCCUAUAUUUCUUAAGGGGACACACAAAAACAGUGAGUUGUGUAUGUUGGGACCCUUCUGGGGAGUUGCUGGCAUCAGUGAGUGAGGACUGUGUGAGGGUUUGGACUCUUGGAUCAGGGAAUGAAGGGGAAUGUUUAUACGAACUUAGCUGCAAUGGCAGUAAGUUUCAUGCAUGUGUUUUCCACCCGACGUACCCUUCAUUGCUGGUCAUUGGCUGUUACCAGUCAUUGGAGCUGUGGAACAUGAACGAGAACAAGACAAUGACUCUGUCUGCUCAUGAUGGUCUUAUUACUGCCUUGACUGUUUCAACUGUAAAUGGUUUGGUUGCUUCUGCCAGUCACGACAAGUACAUCAAACUCUGGAAGUGAUUUUCUGUCUCCUCCAUUAGGUCUUUCUCAGUAUGCUACUACUUUAUUCUUCUUUUUUGCUUCUUGAUCGAGUUUUAUUUUCUAUGUAUCUUUAGCUACUUACUUACCUCUAUCCAAAAAUUGACUGACCAAUUUUAUUAAAACCUGUUAAUCCAA